GUGAGGGUGUGUGCGCCCGCGGGUGUGCGCGCAGGGGGCGCGGGCGGGGGAGGCGAAAGGGGCCGGUUCUGCAGCGGGUGGCUCCCAGCCUCCCCCGCCCCCUUCCCUCUGGGUCCGCUCCUCGCUCCGGCUCGCAUUCUAUCGCAGGCGGCCGGCGCAGCCCCCGCUCCCAGACCCGGCCCCGGCCCCGGCCCCCGCCCGCCCCCGGGGUGGAGGCAGCAGCACCGCUCCGAGCCGCCCGUGGGAAGAAGGCAGCGCUCCGCCGGGCUCCGCACCCGCUCCGCGCCCCUCCGCGGGGCCAUGCAGCGCCCCUGCCCCCCCGCUGCCCCUCGCCCCGCCGUCCCCUGCGCAGCCUGAGCGCCUCGCAGGGGCUCCGCGCCCGGCGGUGGGACGGGGCUGGCGGAGGCACAGGCGGCACAGAGAAGCUCCCCGGCUGCUGCGCGACUCCCCGCCUGCCCUGGCCAUGGGGAAGGGGCUGGAGGGGACGGCGGCCCGCUGUGGGCUGGGACUGGGAUACCUGCUGCAGACCGUGGUGCUCCCCGCCCUGGCCGUCCUGGGGGCCAGCCGCCCCGGCUCCGCGGCUCAAGAUGAUGAUUUCUUUCAUGAACUUCCAGAAACUUUUCCAUCUGAUCCUCCAGAGCCAUUGCCCCACUUCCUCAUUGAACCCGAAGAGGCUUACAUUGUGAAGAACAAGCCUGUGAAUUUGUACUGCAAGGCAAGCCCAGCCACGCAGAUCUAUUUUAAGUGCAACAGCGAAUGGGUUCAUCAGAAAGACCAUGUGGUGGAUGAGAGAGUAGAUGAAACCUCUGGUCUGAUUGUCCGAGAGGUCAGCAUUGAGAUUUCCCGCCAGCAAGUGGAGGAGCUGUUUGGGCCAGAAGAUUACUGGUGCCAGUGCGUUGCCUGGAGCUCUGCAGGCACCACCAAGAGCAGGAAAGCCUACGUCCGAAUUGCAUAUCUCCGGAAAACUUUUGAGCAGGAGCCCUUGGGGAAAGAAGUGUCCCUGGAGCAAGAGGUCCUGCUCCAGUGCCGUCCUCCUGAAGGCAUCCCGGUAGCUGAGGUGGAGUGGCUGAAGAAUGAAGAGGUGAUUGAUCCCGUGGAAGACCGAAAUUUUUACAUCACCAUUGAUCACAACCUGAUCAUCAAGCAAGCCCGGCUUUCUGACACAGCCAAUUACACUUGCGUUGCCAAAAACAUUGUGGCCAAAAGGAAAAGCACCACAGCGACUGUGAUUGUCUAUGUCAACGGAGGCUGGUCUACCUGGACUGAGUGGUCAGUGUGUAACAGCCGAUGUGGGAGGGGCUUUCAGAAGCGCACAAGGACCUGCACCAAUCCUGCCCCACUCAACGGUGGUGCCUUCUGCGAGGGACAAAGUGUUCAGAAAAUAGCUUGCACCACUCUCUGCCCAGUGGAUGGCAAGUGGACGUCGUGGAGCAAGUGGUCCACCUGUGGCACAGAAUGCACCCACUGGCGCCGGAGGGAGUGCACGGCCCCAGCACCCAAGAACGGAGGGAAGGACUGCGAGGGGCUGGUACUACAGUCCAAGAACUGCACCAAUGGGCUCUGCAUGCAGGGUUUCAUUUAUCCUAUUUCAACUGAACAGAGAACCCAGAAUGAAUAUGGAUUUUCUUCUGCUCCUGACUCAGACGAUGUUGCUCUCUACGUUGGGAUCGUCAUAGCCGUGAUCGUGUGCCUAGCUAUUUCCGUGGUCGUGGCCCUGUUUGUCUAUCGCAAGAACCACCGUGACUUUGAGUCAGAUAUUAUUGACUCCUCGGCGCUAAAUGGGGGAUUUCAGCCUGUUAAUAUCAAGGCUGCAAGGCAAGACCUCCUGGCUGUGCCACCAGACCUCACUUCUGCUGCAGCCAUGUACAGGGGUCCUGUUUAUGCCUUGCACGAUGUCUCUGAUAAAAUCCCAAUGACCAAUUCUCCAAUCCUGGACCCACUGCCCAACUUGAAGAUCAAAGUUUAUAACACCUCCAGUGCAGUCACCCCCCAGGAGGACCUGUCUGACUUCUCCUCCAAGCUGUCCCCACAGAUUACACAGUCACUGCUGGAGAAUGAGACCCUGAACCUGAAGAACCAGAGCCUUGCUCGGCAGACUGACCCAUCAUGCACUGCAUUUGGGACAUUCAAUUCCUUAGGAGGUCACUUAGUAAUUCCCAACUCAGGAGUAAGCUUGCUGAUCCCAGCGGGUGCUGUUCCACAAGGGAGAGUCUAUGAAAUGUAUGUGACAGUUCACAGGAAGGAGAACAUGAGGCCACCCAUAGAAGACAGCCAGACCCUGCUGACACCGGUGGUGAGCUGUGGCCCACCAGGAGCCCUGCUAACCCGGCCUGUCAUUUUAACCAUGCACCAUUGUGCAGAACCGAAUACGGAGGACUGGCAAAUCCAGCUGAAGCACCAGGCUGCCCAGGGGCCGUGGGAGGAUGUGGUGGUGGUCGGGGAGGAAAACUUUACAACUCCUUGCUAUAUUCAGCUGGACCCAGAGGCCUGCCAUAUCCUGACAGAAACCCUCAGCACAUAUGCCUUGGUGGGACAGUCAAUCACCAAAGCAGCAGCUAAACGUCUCAAACUGGCCAUCUUUGGACCACUGUCCUGCUCUUCGCUGGAGUACAGCGUCCGGGUCUACUGCCUCGAUGACACGCAGGAUGCCCUUAAGGAGGUCCUCCAGCUUGAGCAGCAGAUGGGCGGGCAGCUUUUGGAGGAGCCCAAAACUUUGUAUUUUAAGGGAAGCACCCACAACCUCCGCCUGUCCAUUCACGACAUUGCCCACUCUCUCUGGAAGAGCAAACUGCCAGCUAAAUACCAGGAAAUUCCCUUUUACCACAUCUGGAGUGGAUGCCAGAGGAACCUGCACUGCACCUUCACACUGGAAAGGUUCAGCCUGAAUACCCUGGAGCUGGUGUGCAAACUCUGUGUCCGGCAGGUCGAAGGAGAAGGGCAGAUCUUCCAGCUCAACUGCUCUGUCUCAGAGGAACCUACUGGCAUCGAUUAUCCUCCCAUGGACUCAGCAAGCACCAUCACCACCAUAGUAGGGCCCAGCGCUUUCAGCAUCCCCCUCCCAAUCAGGCAGAAGCUGUGCAGCAGCCUGGAUGCUCCCCAGACGAGGGGCCAUGACUGGCGGAUGCUGGCCCACAAGCUGAAACUGGACAGGUACCUAAAUUAUUUUGCUACAAAAUCAAGUCCCACUGGGGUGAUACUGGAUCUCUGGGAAGCCCAGAAUUUCCCUGAUGGCAACCUGAGCAUGCUGGCAGCGGUUCUUGAAGAAAUGGGAAGACACGAAACCGUUGUUUCUUUGGCAGCAGAAGGAAAUUACUGAUGCAGCCUUGGCGUGGACAGGAAGGACAGACGCAGGGAGCGGUAAUGCCCUGUUAUUGCAAACGAGAAUUGAAAUGAAAACCCAGACCAAUGAGUUACACAAGAAGCACUGCAGAGAAGAAAGCAAGCAAGCAAACAAACAGAAAAAAAACCAGCCCUGACCUUCACACAUGCUCUCCUUGUACAUUAUCACAGGAUCUAAAAGAAAUCAUGUGAAGUUGUACCUUGAAAAUAUAAAUCAACUAAUGUUC